AUGGUUGCCAAGCCCCAUCCACUGCGCACAGCGCUCAUCGGCCUCUCGUCAACAGCCGCUACCUCUUGGGCUGCUGUAGCUCACCUUCCCAGCCUGCUUGCAGAAGAGGGACAAUCCAGGUUUUCCAUCAAAGCGCUUUUGAACAGCAGUACUGAGGCAGCCCAGUCAGCUAUCGAGACGUAUCAGCUUCCUUCUGAUACCAAAGCCUACGGAUCACCGGAAGAUCUUGCUGCGGACCCAGACAUUGAUCUCGUCAUAUGUAACACGAGAGUUGACAAGCACUACGAGGUCAUCAUUGAUAGCGUGCGGGCAGGGAAAGACGUGUUUGUCGAAUGGCCGAUCGCGGCUACACAAGAGCAGAUUCAAGACUUGGUAGAUGCGGCCAAGCAGAGUGGUUCUCGAGUCGCAGUCGGUCUACAAAGACGUUGGAAUCCGAUCGUGACAAAGGUGAAGGAGCUUCUGAACGGCAGCGAUGCUAGACUGGGUAAGGUACUCAGUGCAGAGGUACGCAUGUUUGGAGCUACAAACGACCGAGACACCUUGCCUGUUGGUCUUAAAUACUUUGCUCAGAAGGAGGUCGGUGGCAACGCCAUCGUAAUCGGUACAACCGCCCUUGAUACCCUACUAUCGGUCAUCGGGGAUGUCGAGCUUCAGACAGUUCAAGCCAAAACACAGAUUCAGCGCCCAAACAACCGUAUUCGGGACCCAUCAACAAAGGAAGUCGUCGAGCUGAUUACAUCCAACGUUCCUGACCUUCUUUCGUUCAAUGCUCGACUAGAGCCAUCCUCACAUACACUAGGGGACGCCACACUUGCGUUCUUCUUCCGACGAGGACAGCCCUUCCCCGGUACGUCUUUUUGGACCUGGGCAAUCAACUUUCAGCACGGCGAGAUCAGAGUCGAUUCACCUUCCACCUCGUUCUUUGAAGCCAGCGAGCACGAUAAACCUAUCACGAUCCAUGUCCAUCAUUUUGAUGAUGAUAGUCUUGAGAAAGUUGAAUGGAGCUGGAGCUCAGAGCAGCUGAAGCUUCCUCUCCUGGCUCGCUCUACAUCGGCCACUCUGUACGCGUUUGCAGAUGGUCGACCAGCAGGCGAUGGCUGGGUCAACCUUGAGGAUGCAGCAAGACGGGCAGUGUUGAUAGAAAAACUUCUCAACGCAUAG